GCUUCCGGGAGCUCACUUCCUCCACUGUCUCCUAGCAACGGCUGGAAGCGUUGUUGACAUCCCGGGCAGCGGUGGCGCAGGUCUGAGCCCAGAGUCUCGCCGCCCAUAAGAUGGCAGAGGUGGAGGAAACCCUAAAGAGGAUCCAGAGCCACAAAGGGGUUAUAGGAACGAUGGUUGUAAAUGCAGAAGGCAUCCCCAUCCGAACGACCUUGGACAACUCAACAACAGUUCAGUACGCAGGUCUCCUUCAUCAGCUGACCAUGAAAGCCAAGAGCACCGUCCGUGACAUUGACCCUCAGAACGACCUAACUUUUCUUAGGAUCAGAUCCAAGAAACAUGAAAUCAUGGUGGCUCCAGAUAAGGAAUAUCUUCUGAUCGUCAUUCAGAAUCCGUGUGAAUAGACCUGCAACAGCCAACAUCUUCUGUCCUGUGACGCUGGGUGGAAAACACUUCACUCUUUAAAGAUUCCUGAGAUUAUAAUCCAAUCUAAGUGUUCCUUUGGACAGUCCUUUCUAUUUUUACAUUUAAACUCUUUACGUGUCUCAUUUAGUCCCUUUUGAAUGUAUUGUAAAUAUGUGAUUUAACUAUAUAAUAAAUCAGUUUCUGAAAGAAACAGUAGU